AUGCGCCAUCUAUAGUUGAGCAAAAGUACUUUUACCUUACAUCCAUGUUUUUGCUCUUUCCGUUUCCUGUAAAGUAGUCAACAAAUAUUAAGUAGUUGGUUUCUUCAGUAAUUGUAUUAUUAAUUGUAGUUACUCCAUCAAUUGGAUUUAAUCAAAGAUGACAAAUACUAAGGGUUAUCGGCGAGGUACCAGAUACACUUUUGCUCGGCCAUUCAGAAGGCGAGGUGUUGAGCAUCUUUCAACCUUCUUGAAAGUCUACAAACGUGGGGAUAUUGUUGACAUCAAAGGUAAUGGUGCUUUCCACAAAGGUAUGCCAUUCAAAUUUUACCAUGGUAAAACUGGCCGAGUUUUCAAUGUAACCAAACAUGGUCUUGGAGUUAUUGUCAACAAGCGAGUCCGAAACCGAGUUAUUCCCAAGAAGAUUAACAUUAGGAUUGAACACGUUUCUCACUCCAAGUGUCGUCAAGAUUUCCUCACCCGUGUUAAGGAGAAUGAAGAACUCAAGAAACUCGCAAAGGAAAAGAAGGUUAAUAAACCAAACCUUAAGAGACAACCCGUUGCACCAAGAGGUGGACAUUUGAUUAGAGUAACACGAGUAAACCGACCGGUUAAUUUAGCUCCUUUACCUUAUGAGCUGGUUGCUUAAAUUUUACUGGUUCUAAUAAAUUAAUUUACUGUUAAUUUCGAAA